GAGGACGCUGAAACACACUCCAGAAGAUCAGUGUGAGAUAUGCAAAUGACAGCGUGUGAAAGGUCAUAAACCCCCACAGAACCGGCAUUAAACAACCGAUAGCAUUUAUAGCGUUAUCCCAAAAAGAAAUUGGCUGCAAGAUAUUUUUUGAUUUUGUGUCACUCGUUGCCAUUUUCACAGUUUUACGAGUAGAAGGAAAUUAAGUGCAUUAAUGCAAGAUGAAUGAUGAUAUGUGCAGAAAAUUAACAAUUAUGAAAGAUUCCUUUGUCACAGUCCCAUCAAGGCACUAUUUUCUGUAAAGCUGCUUUGAAACAAUAAAUAUAUUGUGAAAGUGUGAUACAAAUUAAUCUCCUGUGACAGUGUUUCAGGUUAUGUGAUCGAUCAGUUAAUACUAGCUGUUUCAUAGGCUGCUUAGUGUUAAAUAUGGUUGUGUUCAUUCGAGAUAAUACUUUAAUAUCUUAGUAUGAUUGUGUUGUUGUUGCUUUGGAUGACGAAUUGAGGUAGACACACGUUAAUUUUGGUGACUAAUGAGUAAUUGCAGUAUGAUUAAAUGUUGGAUCUGUGUUGAAAUUAUAUAUGAAUAAAUCCCUAGUUAAGUUUCCAUCCACAAAAUGCGCAUUUUGGGAUAUCACAUAAAAAGAGCCCGAUUGAAGAAACUUAUAUUACUGAUAUUUUUCCCAGGAAGUGAUUUUGUUCUCUUGAACACACGAGAUGGAAACGCUGCUUUAUUCGCAAAUGUUUUAUGAAGAUUCAAACCCUUUUCUGAACAGUAAAGUAACAUGCACAGAUGUUUCUGAGUAUCUGAUUUCUGCUUCUGAAUCUCUUCAUUGGCUUCUUUAAGAAAGUUAUUGAUCAUAAAGCAUAAAACAAACAGCGAUCAUCCGCGUACGUCUCUCACACUACAGGAGGGUUUCACUCCAUUGACUUUAAUGAAGGCUUCCCACUGCAGCUGAAAUUUCCCUUGAGAUUCAAGAUCCUUUAACUUUUCAGAUGAUAUUUGCACACAGGAAGCUAAAAGAAUCCAGAAGGAAGCUGUGCUGAAAUGAUACCAUGCCCACACACACUCAUCUAAUCUUCCCUAUGAUAAUUGAUUUCUACAGGUAGCAGGUGAAAGUAUAUAUAUAUAUAAAUUGAAGGGAUUGGGAAAGUCAUGUUUUUAAUGCAGAGUAUCUGCUCAGAUAACCGUAACUAUUCAAACAUGUAAAAACAGCAUAAUAUGAAUGUUCACAGUCUUCAGAGGUUUGUUUGGCCUGAUCAGUGCUGAUCCUGCAUACUAACGCUCUAUAUACAAAUGACCCACGACAUCAGAGAUAAUCCUCAGCAAGAUGUUCAGUGUGUGUGUGUGUGUGUGUGUGUGUGUGUGAGACAGAUUCUUCUGUGCUGAAGCUCUAUGUGCUGCUCAGCAUGUUGCUUAAGGGUCUAUUGAUGUGUGUAUUGAUGAAUCUGCCAGUCACCGGUUCAGUCAUCGCUCAUUCUAAACAAUGUUCCAUUCAAUUGUGUUAAAUUUAUGUGAUUCCAUAGGCAUACAAUGACCCAAGAGACUACAGAUAUGUUUUAUGUGCCCCAGAUGUUUCUUAGUUUCAGCCUUCAUCACUGAUUCAAUAGGUUGCUCUCACUAGUCGAUACGGCACUAAACUUUCUGUAAAUGAGAGAUUGAACCGACUACCUUAAAGGGAUCGUUCACCCAUUUACUCACCCACAUGCCAAUCCAAACAUGUAUGACUUUGUCUUCUGUGCAACACAAAAUGUCUCAGUGUUUCGUUUUGUUUUGUCCUUACAAUGUCAAUGUCAAAGUCAAAGGGCUCCCAACAUUCCUUAAAAUAUCUUCUUUUGUGUCCUGAACAGGUUUGGAAAGACAUGAGGGAGAGUAAAUGUUGAUAGAAUGAUAAUUUUUCAGCAAACUAUGCUUUUAUCACAAUUGAUUCAGUUUUCCUUCAUGUGUGUUUGUUGCCGUUUUGAUAAUGAAAUGUGUUUACAGUUUUCUGUCUGUUUACCUCACAUAAUCUCAUUGCUUUCAGCUAGUCUCUAGUUUAAACUGAAUAUAUACUGAGGUUUACAUCUUCACCUUGAAUCAUCUUCAUCUCUUCAGCUGCACUCGGCUCUGAUGCUCCAUUAAACUACAUGAAAUGAAGCCUUAAAAUGAUUUGCUUGUAGCCUUCAGCUUAUAGUUUAAUCUACAAGCAUAAAGAGAGACUUCAUCACCCAGCCAUACUGACCACACAACAAACUCCAAUGAAGAAUCGAUUUAUGGAACACAAGUUCUGCCCCACAUCCCGUCCAUCAUGUGGCAUCAUGAUCAAUGUCCUGCUCUAAAGAGCAACUGACCUGGAAAGUUAACCAGAACUCCUGUUAGACUUUAUCAGAACACAGGGUUUGUUCUCUGUGUGUCCAACCAACAAAGACUGGGUUUAUUCACCUAAUAUUCAGUAUGUUUUAACGUAUGUACGUGUUUGUCCUUGCAGAGCUGGGAGAGCGUUUUAGAAAGUGUGUCAGUUCGGCCACUCGUCACAGGAGGUAAUUGCAUGUAGGGCGACGGUGCAAGGGAGGACUGUCAAAAUCUGGCCAGCCCAGCUCAUCAUGAUCCAGUUUUCCAUACAAACAAAAGAUGCAGAACGGCUCGUCGAAAACAGGAAGAGGGGUUAUGGUCAACGGGACGGCAUCCACCCUAAAGAGGCAGCCGAGGCCCAAGACGGCAUCCGGCAGGCAGGAACGCGGCUCCUGUUCAUCCACUGCCUCUUGUCCUGUAUUCUCGGGAUGCGACCUAGACGAAGAGCCGCCGCCACGUUGUCCGUCCAGCCUUUCCUCACCCACCCUACACGGUUCCACCUCAAUGAAGGGCUCGGUCUCCAGCCUGCAAGGAUCCCUGUCAAGCCUAAAGGGUUCGGUGACCAGCCUCAAGAGCUUUCCUACAUCCUCGGCACUGCAGGGUUCCAGCCUGAGUCUGCGCAGCUCCAGCUCCAGCCUGCGCAGCUCCAGCCCCAGCCUGCGCAGCGGCAGCUCCAGUGAGGACGACAGCUGGGACACCAACAGCUGGAGCUCCGGCGCCACCUGUCUGCUGCGUAGCUCCAUUAAGCAGCACAGCGAGGAGGUUUUCCGGGUGCGCGCCGGAUCGGCGAGCCAACCAGGGGGUACGAGCGAUUCAGAGACCGGCUACCAGAACUCCGACAGCUGUCCAGGAUCAGAGAGCCAGGAGGGAGAGGAGCAGGCGGUGGAAGACCGCAGGGAUUCGACAUCUUCCACUGCUUCUACAGCAUCUACUGACUUAGAGCAGAAGAUAGAAGAGAAGCUCAAGUUCUCUCAGUUUCUAGAUGAAGUGACAUGCAGGGUGCUGGACCCGGAGUGUCUGCAAGCCUUCGGCGCGCCCGUCCGUCAGAAGGAGCCGCUUGUAACUUCGUCUCUCCAAUGCCUAAAUCUAACUCCAGUUUCCAGUCCCCUCACCUGCAGGACUUGGUUUGCUUCCAGUAGGGAUUCUGCCAAUGUUUCUGUGUACAAGUGGGCCAAGUGCAUGCCGAGCUGCAAGAUUCUGGACGCCAGCGAGACCCUGAGAAAGACUCAAGAGGAAUCGGAAACAUUAGGAAGGACCUACCUAGAGACUGACAUCGACCGAGUAAGGAGGGAAGAUGAAGUGAGCUCCACACAUCAAAGAGACGUGGAGAAUAGAACUUUACAGCUGAGAGGCGAAUCUUCUCGCAGAUGCACGAGUCUGGUUUCAAAGCGCUCAGACGGGGCGCCGCAACCGCCGUACCGCUCCACCUCGCUACCGAGACCCGUUGUGAGCAGCAUCGCGGUGAGUCUUGACCCAUAAACCCUGUUGAAAUAGGGCUUGAAACAAUUGCAUUACAACUAUAAAAGUCAGAUGUUUUGUGUUCUAGCUCAUUUUUUGAAUCGCUAAUGAAUUAGUUGAUUGCUCAUUUAUUCCUGUUGCUCUUUGUUUCCUUUCUGAAGGAACUGGUUUGGAUUUUUCUGCUGUAUUGGUAUGUCAGGUGACCAAAGUGCUUUGUUAACGUUCCCACUAAGUUAUGAAAACGUUAUUUCUGAAUGUUCUCUGAAUGUUCAAAAUGUUUUAACAUUUUGAAUGUGGAAACAUUCAAUUUUAUCAUUCUUCAAACAUUAUGGGAACGUUACUUUUGAACAUUCUCUAAACAUUCUGAAACCAGCAACAUUUAAAAAACGUUUGAGGAACAGAUGAACGUCCAACUAAAAAAAUAAAAAUUCACCAUGAACGAUGUAUAAUGUUUUUGUGCUAAUGUUUUGAAAACAUUAUUAAAGACCAGAUAACUUUUAACGAACGUUCUAUUAUUGUUACUGGAAGAACGUUUGUUCAUAACUUUGAGAGAACCUUGCCAGAACGUUCCCUGUUAGCUGGCAAGUGACCAAAUGCAAGUUACUUUUGCUUUAUAAAAUAUUUCAUCCUUUAAAACAAUGUGGAAGGCUCUUCUCAAACGUUAUUUUGAGGUCACAGGAGUAAUCGAGCCCAUCGCUGCUCUGUGACAGCACAUUAAAAAUACAUCAGCGUUUCUUAUUAUUCACACUGAAGCCGCCACUGUCUGGACACACUUCUCUCAUCUGCCGGGGAACAGCAGCCCUAUUAAUAAUUCAUUUGGUUCUUUUUUGAAUGGAAGUGCAAAUGUCAUCUUAAAGGCUGUGCAGUGCUGGAACAACAGAAACGACACAAACCGUGGAUCGACUCACUGCCACAACAACGUCUGAACAGAAGAAAUCAUCAUAAUCUCUCUGUUGCAUUACGAGCAGUGCGACUGAAGCAGUGAGUCUGGGCUGGUUUGGCAGACAGAGGAUGGAUUCAGACCAUCUGGAUAACAAGCGAUUUUGUCACUCAGAAAUAAAUGCAUUGAGAAAACAGUGUGUGACAGGGAAUGAUGAGCGUUCAGCUGUGAAGGGAGUUAUUCAGUGUUUGUGAACAGUGGAUCGUUGCCAUAUGACAGCUUUGGUUUCUGCGUUAUGAAGAUGUUCUGCAGGAAAUGCUCGUCCCAGAGUGACGCUGCACGAGGUCUCUGAUGGAGACGCUUGUGGCAGCAGGUAAAGACGCUCUUCUCUUCUCUUCUGUUGAAUGUGUCGGUCAUCCUCCCUCCCUCCUUCUGUCUCUGUAGCGUCUCAGUCUGAGCUCAGGCUCGUCUCGUGCUGUGUGAAUGUUGACGUGUGUUUAGAGGUAGAACACGCUCAUCUGAUCAUGACACGCAAGCUUUACAGACGGUGAGUGGACACACGGGAAGAACUGCAUGUUUUAAUGUGUGAGUUGACUGCACUUCAUUGUGUGUUUGAGAUUCUCUGAGUCUAAUAUCUUACUGGUACUGUAUCUUGUAAACUAUUGGAGAAUGAUGUUACUGAUAGUAGUACUUCUGUGCUUCAAUAUGAUGAGUAAACGCUGCUCAUUUGAUGGAGAUUCAUAAGCUCUAAAUGAUCCUUUUUUACAUUUACAUUUAUUCAUUUUGCAGACACUUCUAUCUAAAGUGACUUACAAAUGAGGAAUACAGCAAGAGAUUUAUCUUAAAGAGGCAAAUAAACACAAGAAGUGCUCAUAAUACUAAGUUUCAGACAUUGCUUAGAGUAGCAUAAGCUGGAAUAGGGAGGGAUUAAGGGAAAGUGAAAGCAUAGAAUUUAUUUUUUUAUGAUGAGGUUAAGUGCUCAUGGAAGAGAUGAGUUUUCAGCUGUCUUUUGAAUAUUGUCAGGGAUUCUGCAUUCUGGAUGAAGGCGGGGAGAUUGUUCCACCAGCAAGGAACAGUGAACAAAAAUUUUCUGGAGAAUGAUUUCAUGCCUCUCUGUGAUGGUACCACAAGCCGUCGCUCAUUUACAGAUCAUAAGAGCAAGUGGAAGUAGGAGUGCUGAGCCUGAGGUAGAUCUGUAAGCAAGCGUCAAUGCCUUGAACUUGGUUAGGUCAGUCAUCAAAGAUUACUCCAAGAUUUCUGACUGAUCUUGAUGGGGUAAUUGAUGAUGUACCUAGCUGGAUGGUGAAAUCAUGCUGUAGAGUCGGAAGCUCAGUCUUUGCCAGGUUGAGCUGCAGGUGAUGUUCUUUCAUCCAUGCCGAGAUGUCCACCAGACAGCUUGAGAUUCGUGCAGCUGGAUGAAAUGAAAGUAAGAGUUGUGUGUCAUCAGCAUUGCAAUGGUAGGAGAAACCAUGUGCCUGUAUGAUGGGACCCAGUGAUGUAGUGUAUAUGGAGAAGAGGAGGGGUCCAAGCACUGAACCCUGAGGAACCCCCGUGGUCAGUUGAUGAGCUUUGGAUACCCAGAAAGACCUACCUGUGAGAUAGGAUUCAAACCAGUGAAGUGGAGCUCUUGUGAUGAUUAGAGGGUGGACCGAAGGAUCUGAUGAUUCACUGUGUCAAAGGCAGCAGAUAGAUUCAGCAGAAUGAAAACUGAUGAUUUGGAAUCAGCCUUCGCAAUCCACAGGGAUUCAGUGACCGACAGUAGUGCAGUCUCGGUUGAAUAGCCGCUCUUGAAACCAGAUUGGUUGACGUCCAGCUGGUUAUUCUGUGAGAGGAAAGACGAUACCUGAUUGAAAACAACCCGUCCAAGUGUUUUCGCUAUGAACGGUAGGAGAGAGACAGGUCUGUAAGUAUCUACAAGUCACUUAAGUGUUUAAUGUGGGGUUUUUAAGCAGUGGGGUUACCCGAGCCUGCUUGAAUGUGGGAGGGAAAAUACCAGUGCGGAGAUGAAUCCAGGUCUCAUUCAAGCCCAAGAUAUUGAGAAUGGAUUGAGUUGCAAAGGUAGGAAUGAAGUCUGCCUUGUUGACGGCAGACUGACAAUUCCAGAGACCCACAGAAACAGAAGUGCGAAUAGAAAGCAGAUUAGCAGUAUUGUGCUGCCUUCUGUUUACUGUUUUUUGUGAGGAUAUUUUCAGAUGUUUUUCCCUCAAAACCAAGCACAUGUUUUUGAUCUUCUUCCGCUCUGAUUGAGACUCUUUUAAAGUUGUCAUGAAAGGGAAGUUGCGCUGGUCUUUUCUUCCCUAUUGUGACAUAUCUGAGUGAAACACUUCUCAAACAAGAACAAAUGUAGGGCGGGGCUUGAUUUUGUCUGUGGGGAAUUGAUUGGAUGGUUGUGGUUUGCUAUUGGUGGAUCUCAUGUGAGUGACAGGUUGCCCCUCCCUCGUCAUCAGAGAAGAGAAGAGAUGCUGAAGGGAGGAGGGAGGAGAAGAUAUUCUGAUUCAAGAUUACCAGGAAUAAUGAUGCUGAUAAAUUAUUUAGAAUAAACACUGCAAUAUUCCAUAAAAAACAAGUCAGUUUUGAUUUUUAUGGUGACUUUAAACAGCGCUACAGAGAGCAGCAUCUGACAGGUACGACAUAAAUGCCUGGGGCUUCAUUAGAUGUUGAGGAUUGGAGGUUUUCAGGUUGUUUUUUGAUGUUUUUCUUCAGAAACACUUGAUGGUUCAUGCAGCUCAUUGAGUGCAUACUGAAAUAUUAGACCACAGUCUGUAAAUCUGCAGACUGUCUUAUGCAUGUUUUAUCUUAUUUUGAACUAUUCAUCCAUGCAUAAGACUUUUUUUGAUCUUGCAAUAUUCUACAGUGAAAAGACUUUCUCUCAGGUGACGUAUGCUGGUCUUCUCCACUCAUUUAGUGUGCUUAAACUCCGCCCCUUUCUCACAAUCUACUGCAAGCUCACAUUCAGACCCGCCUCCAUUUUUGAGUGUCACGCCCACAUCUCAACAUCCAAUCAACAAGUGACGCAUAGAACCAAGACUCGAUAUCUGCAGUCCUUUUGCUUCUCCAGUAAAAGUAUCCUGAUUUAAGAAUGUAUGAAACCAGUCAAAAGCAUCAUGUUUUUGAGAGCAGCGGUGAUUUUUGCCAGUAGGAGACACGCGUCACUGAUGUGAAUCAGAUGGUCAUACGGUCGUGUCUCUGGUGUUUUUCUGCACUAGCAACAUGUUUAUUUGUUAUUCCAGCUUCACAGAAACCUGUCAGGAUCAAGCUUCAGAAACUCUGUUUCAUUGACGUGUGGAGGAUGAGAAGAAAACAGGAGCAAAACAAAAGAGCUCCAGUGUGAAGCAGCUGAUAAACAACCGCAGGCCUGAGCGUCAGUCUGACAGGACUAGAGCUCUGGUGAAGCGAAUGGUUUUGAAGACAAAUAAUAAUGUUCAGAAUACGUCUGUAAUGCAAACCUGCAGUUUUAAGGAAACAGCACGUGUGUCUCGUGUGUGUCUGUAUGUUGUUGUGAUAUUGUACAAUGAUGUGCUGAAUAUUCUUGACCCGGUCGUCCAUCCGUCUGUGUGUCUGUUUGUGAUUCUGCAGGAAACACUCACAAACACACUAAGAAAAACAUGAAAAAGAUUUAUAUUGGGAAAACUGCAGUGAAAGCACCAAGAAAUGGUGGUAAACAUCAGAAGAGAAGGUAAGAGUGAAGAGAGAGAGAUUCAAUCCAUCAAUCCAUUCAUCUAAAUGUCAUCUGCACUCUUGAUCAUCUGACCCUGUUAUGAUCGAUCCGUCAGGCAGGUAAACGCCACUCAAAUCCAGUUACGGAAAGCUAGACAUCAGUGACAUCCUUUCCUGAUCCGUAUCGCCACAGUGAACAUUAAAGACAAAUGAAAAACAGCUUUCUCUAACUGGAAAUUAUACGUUUGAAUCACACACACACACACACACAC